GCGAUAAAUUAUUUAGUCGAGCCCGCUUAUUCGCUCCUUGCUUCCCUCCACCACCUCCCCUCGUCCUCCCCCUCCCUUCCUACACAACCCCCCGCGUCGUCACAAUGGCCAUCACAAAGGAGCCGGGCCAGAAGGGCGUCAACUUCUCCAACAUUGCAGUCGGUGCAAUUAUGAACAUGGAAGUAACGACGCUCGGCCAGCCCCUUGAGGUCCUCAAGACCCAGAUGGCCGCCAACCGGUCGCAAACAAUGUGGCAGGCGUGCAAGUCUGUCUGGUCGCGCGGUGGUGUCGUUGGCUUCUACCAGGGUCUCAUUCCUUGGGCAUGGAUAGAAGCCUCAACGAAAGGCGCUGUCCUCAUCUUCACCGCCUCUGAGGUGGAGAGCAAAACCCUCGACUUGGGAAUCAACCCCGCCGCAGCGGGCCUCAUCGGUGGUAUGAGCGGCGGUAUCAUGCAGGCAUACGCAACCAUGGGCUUCACGACAUGCAUGAAGACGGCUGAGAUCACUCGCGCGAAGACUGCGGCCUCGGGCGUCAAGCCCCCCUCAACUUGGGCUGUCUUCGCCGACAUCUACCGGCGUGAGGGUCUGGCCGGCGUGAACAAGGGUGUGAACGCCGUCGCGGUCCGCCAGUGCACGAACUGGGGUUCUCGGAUGGGCUUUGCGCGUCUCGCGGAGACGGCUAUCCGGCGGUUACGGGGAGUGGGUGAUAAUGAGAAGCUCGGCGCCCUGGACAAGAUUGCGGCGUCCACAGUCGGUGGUGCGCUCGCGACAUGGAACCAGCCGAUUGAGGUUAUCCGUGUGGAGAUGCAAUCCUUGGCCAAGAAGCCCGACGCACCGGCGAAGCCAACGAUCAUGAACACUUUGGCAUACAUUUACAAGGAGAACGGCGUCAAGGGUCUCUACCGCGGUGUCACGCCACGCAUCGGCUUGGGCAUCUGGCAGACAGUCUGCAUGGUGUCGUUCGCCGACUACGUCAAGGCUUGGGUCAAGGGCCCGUAGAGCCUGCACACGUUAUAGACGAUGCUCAUUAUUUACGUUUGCCACAUACCAUAGUACCUAUACCUUCCGCAUAUUGAUUUGGACGUCUUGGAAUCCAGCCACGAGUCACGAUAAUAUCUGCCCGA